AUGAGAUUUUCGAGCAUUCUAUUUAUCGGACUUGCAUUCGCUAGUUCCUUUCGAGAUGCUCUUUUGAGUAAUGCGAUCGACGACGCUGCCAACCACGAUCUACUGAAACGCAGCUUUGGUUUCCAAUCGUACCGAAGCAGAUACGAUCAACUGAUGGACAAACUCGCCUCGGCCGCAAAUGACGAGAAUUUGCUCGAAAUUCUGGGCGGACUGAAUAAUUGA